UUCAUAAAUCAUAACUGUCAGUCUGUCAUGCAUGCUUUCAAGCAAUACAAAAACCCACAUGGGAUACAAAAAUAUUCCACUUUGAAAAAUACAUCAAAAAACAACAUUAUCAUGUUUUUCAGUUUGUGUUUCUUUCACGAAAUGGCAUAUAACCUCUCUUAGCAUCCCUUUCUCUCUCUUUGGAACUACUCAAGUUUGCCUAACUAUAAAUUUCCAACAAUCCAAUGCUGCAAAGACACAGCACAAACGUGACCAAAACAGAACAGAAGAUAGAGGCAGCUGAAAGGUCUUUCUAUAAGCCAUGGAUGCUGAAGCAAGUGGUACCCAGAAUCAAGAAGAAAAGAUCCCACUCCUGAGCAAUGCAGAGAUUCCGGAGGCAGAGAGGAACCAGAUUCAGAAAGCCAUUAGCCAGACAUUUGAGAGCACAGCAAACUUGGCAAACCUUCUACCUACUGGCACUGUCCUUGCUUUCCGUCUUCUGUCUCCAAUCUUCACAAACGAGGGCAGCUGCGACUUGGUCAGCAAGACCAUGACUGCUGUACUUGUAGCUAUCUGUGGUGCCUUAUGCAUCUUGCUAUGCUUCACAGAUAGCAUAAAAGACAGCAAGGGGAACAUCUGUUAUGGGUUUGCCACAUUUUCAGGCCUGUGGCUUAUCGAUGGAUCAACCACACUUCCACCAGAAUUUGCUGCUAAAUAUAAAUUGCGGUUUAUAGAUUUCAUGCAUGCAGCUGUAUCAGCUUUGGUGUUUGCAGCAAUUGCAUUAUUUGAUCAGAAUGUAGUAAGUUGCUUCUUUCCAGAGCCAUCUCUAGAGACAGAGGAAAUCCUCACAGUAUUGCCUGUGGGCAUUGGCAUUUUCUGCAGCAUUUUCUUUGUUGUAUUUCCUACAAAGAGACAUGGAAUUGGCUUCCCACUUUCAACAAGUUAAUACUGAUCUUUUACAUUCAUGUUUGUAAUGAACUUCAAUUUCAAUAAUUUUAAUUGAUUAGUGAUUUAUCAUGUUGGGA